AUGAAACCCCCAUCCCUCCUCCUCGGGCUUAUCCCCACCGUCCUCGCCGGCGUCGCCUCCCCCAUCGUCAUCAACCUCGGCGGAUCCCGCUCCAUCGGCAUCACCGCCGACGGCGACAACGCCAACCUCAUCCAAAUCGUCUCCGUCACCACCUCGGGCCGCGGCUGCCCCGCCGGCUCCGUCGCCACCAUCAUCAGCACCGACCGCACCGUCGUCACCCUCGGCUACGACAAUUUCCGCGCCUACAUCGGCCCCAGCCCCCGCUCCACCUGCUCCAUCCGCCUCCGCCUCAAGUACCCCGGCGGACACACCAUCUCCCUCGUCCAGACGACGUUUCACGGCUUCGCCGUCCUGGAUCCGGGCGUCUCGGGCACCUUUGAGUCCCGCUACGCUUUUGGCAACGCCGCGCAGUCUUCCCUCGUGAGCUCGACGAUCGAGAGCUCGCCCGAGAGCAUGUCCAGCGGCGAGGAGUACAUGGCCACCGCGACCAUUCCCGACGACCGCAAGGUGUAUUCGCCCUGCGGAGAGGAGGUUGACCUCGUUAUACAGACUAAUAUCAACCUCCGGUCGAGGAACGAGACGGGUUCCGGCUCCAUUAAUGACGAGAAUGCGACCGUUGCCUUGACGCAGCAGGUCAACCUGGCCUUUGAGCCCUGCGUAGAGUAG